CACCUCACAGGAUUUUGACACGUUACGUUUUCGGUUUCCGUUACCUAUUCGAAACUUACGAUUGUACUAUAGCUAGACUACACCCAUUCGAUUCGGCUCGGUUUGAUUCACUUCCCCAUCUCAGUUAUAUCAAAUUGUCAGACAGCGAAGCGCGAGCUACUUCCCUUUACUAUCCAUAUCCCUAUCCCUAUCAUAAUGAUAGGACAAGAAGUAAUACAUUCCCCCCCUAUUUACCCCUCAAACAAUAUCAUGCCUGCGUCUGCGUCUGCGUAUACUAUCCUUUCAAGCAAAGAUAAUCCUUGCUUAUUCCUUUGCGCUUUCACCGAUCAUGCGCGUCCGGCUGCAAUCCUCCGAUCCUACUCUAUAGGCAGGGCCCACGUGUUCCCAACCGACCGCCCUCAACAAGCACCUAUUUCCCAAUGCGGAAGGGUCUACCCUGCGGCACUCAUAAUAACGCAAUCAGCAGCUCCGCUCCAAUUUUGCAAUACCAUAGGACAAAAUACCCGGGGCUUUCCGCUUUACAAAUAUGGCAUCCUCAGCAGACGAGACGAGACGAUGGGGGCUUCGCGAUUCUGCCUAGAAAUUUUUGUUGAUAUGCAUGCAUUUAGGCGCCGAGGCGGAUCUGAGAGCGGCGAGACUGGAACCGGAACCCGAGUCUCGGGUUGAUGGAAGAUACGGCGUACGGAUAUGUAUGCACGAUGCGGGAGAAAGAAGGGAGGGGCUUAUGUCAGAUGUACGGACGGCAUCGGCAGCGUGUCGGGGUUCGGCGGCAUGCGCCCGUUCCGUGGAUAUGGAUGGGGCUGGGAAGGAGCGUAUACCUAUCCGCAUGGAGGAGUUUUCUCUAAUUAAUAAAAAGAGUUCGUCCGGAAAAAUGCGUGC